GGCUCAUUAUGAAUUGGAGGAGUCCUGAAUGAUGCCAGGCUUCCCAGAUGACGGCGUGCUCUGCCGUUGAGCAGCCAAGAAAGAUGUCAGGUGCGUUUUCCCAGGGCGAGUGACAUGUUGUAAGUUGAAUAUACUAUAUUUCGAUCGUUACUUAGUUAAUACAGCAUCGUAUUGCGUCUCAUGCUCGGUAUUUAACGCCCGACAUUAUACAUUCUCUUCCGGAAUGCAACACCGAAGUAUCCACACUUCGGUUUAGAAUCCGACUUGCGGGCCUUAGACAGCAGGUCUCUAGAGCACUUAUAUGUAUGCUCUUUUGAUCAGGUUAUAGCAAUAAUUGUCACAUCAUGACUUCGGAACUGAAAACGAACGAACCCAAUGUGGCUGUUUGGAGAGAGACUGUUACGGAUCUCACCGCGGGAGCGGCUGGUGGUGCCACUCAGGUCUUGAUCGAUCUAGUCAAAGUCCGGCUACAAACCCAGAACGGAGGCGAUGCCUUGUCGACCGCUCGCAACAUCUGGGCCAAAGAAGGACCUUUGGCAUUUUACAAAGGCACGCUUAUGCCGCUGUUGGGCGUUGGAGCUUGCGUCAGUGUUCAAUUCGGUGCUUUUCAUGGGAUCCGACAAGCCAUUGAGUCCUACAAUAAAGAUAAACGCCCAGGACAUGAUUCAACCCUAUCUUUAUCGCAAUUCUACCUCGCCGGUGCAGGAGCCGGAGUAGCCACCAGCAUCAUCUCGGGUCCAGUAGAACAUAUCCGUAUCCGCUUACAAACGCAACCUCACGGCGCAGCGAGAAUAUACAAUGGUCCCUGGGACUGUGCUCUCAAGCUCAUCCGUACCGGCGGCAUCGCCGGUAUCUAUCGCGGACAAGCGGUGACUCUCCUCCGAGAAAUCCACGGCUACGGAGUAUGGUUUGCAGCGUACGAAGGCCUCGUGGGCAUUGCGAUGGACCGUCAACAGAAGGAACGCGAAGAAGUCCCAAACUGGCAGAUCGCACUAUGUGGAGGUCUUGCGGGGGAGGCGCUCUGGCUACUGAGUCACCCGUUGGACGUGAUCAAGAGCAAGAUGCAAAGCGAUGGAUUUGGGGCCGAGAAAAAAUACCGCAACAUGAGAUACGCUUUUCGGCAUACUUGGGUCACAGGUGGCUUGAGAGGACUGUUUUAUGGCCUCGGACCGGCUCUUCUUCGGGCUAUGCCUGUGAGCGCGGGCACGUUCGCUACGGUAGAAAUGGUUCGGAAGUUUCUGGGUUAGGUAGAAAUGAUAGUCUAUGCAUUAAUAUAACCGCUAUAGGAAGUUCACCCAAUUUACUAAAUGCGGUUGACC